AUGGGUAAUGAGCACACGGAGUACAGUGGUGACAUCGAUGUGCCCGUCAAUGCUAUUCAGAUUAUCAACCCGCAAGUAGUAUCCAAGCUACCAGAUGGCAUCAUUAUAAAAAAUAUCGCUGCACAUGGAGCAAGCUUUUGGACUCGAACCGCUCGUUUGGAUGCUGAACUUGAUGGCGAGAAGAAACAAUACUUUCUGAAGACAUCUUUCAGAGAUCGAGGCAGAGGCAUGAUGUCAGGAGAGUUCGCAUCAAUGUCGCUGAUCUACGCAGCAAAGCCCGAUCUUAUACCGAAGCUGCCCGACUUGCAUACUUUCCCGGCCAUGCUCGCCGAACUCCAUCGCGCGGGGACGUCACUGGACGGUCGCUUCGGGUUUGCCUACACUACAUACCAUGGCAACACACUCAUCAAGCAUGGAUGGUCCAACACAUGGGAGGGCUACUUUACGAGAACUACCCGGGAACUGUUACGAUUAGAGCAAGAAGCUCAGGGACUCCACCAACAACUCAUAGAGUUGACCGGACCCUUCUUGGAGAAAGUAGUUCCCCGUCUACUUCGUCCACUAGAGACUGGCGGUCGUACCAUCAAGCCCUGCCUUAUCCAUGGCGAUCUAUGGUUCGGCAAUGCCAGUAUGGAUCGUGAUUCCGAGUUGCCAAUCAUCUUCGAUGCUGCAUCUUUCUACGCGCAUAAUGAGUACGACCUUGGGGUUUGGCGAGCAACAUGGAACAAGAUUGGCAAGCCUUACAUCACGGAAUACCACAGAAGUUUUCCGGUUUCGCCCCCCGAGGAGGAUCACGAUGACCGUAACGCGCUUUAUGCUACACUUAUUGUGGAGAUGAAGAAACUUGUGGACAAGUUUCCCGGUGACUACGAGGCAUGGGAAGAUGCAAGGAACUCGAAGGCUUAG